AUGGUAAAGGACGUGAUGACAGAGGUGGCCGAAACUUUAUUCAAGGACCACAAAAGCAAGGCGGAAAUUUUGUCUGCUAUCGCUGAUGUCCAGCUCAGUGCCAACACCAUGGCAAGGAGAGUUUAUUUGCUGGCUUCAGAUGCGAUCGGACAAUUAGAGCGGGACAUGGAAAGGUGUACGUGGUUUUCACUUCAGUGCGAUGAAUCGGUGGACUUGAGUGAUACAGCUCAGUUGGCUGUUUUCAUUCGGAUGGUUUUUCAUGAUUUUUCCUCCAAGGAGGAGUUUUUUGCAUUGCUUCCUCUGAUAACGUCGACCAGAGGAGUCGACAUCUACAGCGUUUUCAAGACGUACUGCGUGGAAAAACGCGUGCCCCUUGAAAAGCUGGUAUCUAUGACAACAGACGGAGCGCCAGCCAUGAUCGGGCGCCACUCUGGAUUUAUUGCGCAUUGCAAGAACGACCCAGAUUUUCCUGCAUUUCUGAACUAUCACUGCAUCAUUCAUCAGCAGGCAAUCUGCAGUAAGGUUAUGCGCUUUGAUCAUGUCAUGACUCCGGUUGUUAAGAUUAUCAACUCAAUUCGCGCAAAGUCCAAACAACACAGAUGCUUCAAAGUGUUUCUUGAUGAACUUUCUGCAGAGUAUGGUGAUCUCUUAUUUCACACAGAAGUCAGAUGGUUGAGUAGGGGUAAGGUACUUCACCGCUUUAUUUCCCUGCUGAGUGAAAUUAAAGCUUUUAUGGAAGCAAGGGGGGAAGACACCAACCUGUUGUCUGAUGCUGUGUGGCUGCUUGAUCUCGCAUUCUUGGCUGAUGUGACAGAGAAACUCAAUCAGCUCAAUCUUCAGUUACAAGACCAGGUGAGAGUGAAAGAGCAAAGACAAGAACUGAAUGAAGUGAAGGAGGAACAUCGUAACUUAAGAAUUCAAAAAACAAAAGCCAAAAAGACGCACACCUGCACUCAGUGUGGAAAGAGUUUCUCACUGAAAGGAAACCUUUACAGACACAUGAAAAUUCACACUGGAGAGAAACCGUAUACAUGCACUCAGUGUGGAAAGAGUUUUACACAGAAAGGAGACCUUAACAUACACAUGAAAAUUCACACUGGAGAGAAACCGUAUACAUGCACUCAGUGUGGAAAGAGUUUUUCUCAAGCAUCAGGUCUCAGUUAUCAUUUGCUCAUUCACUCUGGAGAAAGGCCAUUUAACUGUGAUCAGUGUGGUAAAGAUUUUAUUUCAUCAGCACAUCUAAAAUCACACCUGAAAGUUCAUUCAGAUGAGAAGCCUUAUGUGUGUUCUCUCUGUGGAAAGAGUUUUUCAUGGCUGGGCAGUUUUAAACAGCACCAGAAAACACAUAAUGAAGUGAGAGAUUAUAUGUGCUUUGACUGUGGGAAGAGAUUUACUGCAUCUGGUGGUCUGAAACGGCACCAACGAAUUCAUACUGGAGAAAAACCUUACAAGUGCUCAUAUUGUGACAAGAGUUUCAUUUGUUCUGCAACCCUUAACACACACAUGAGAAUUCACACUGGAGAGAAACCGUAUACAUGCACUCAGUGUGGAAAGAGUUUUUCUCAAGCAUCAGCUCUCAGUUAUCAUCUGCUCAUUCACUCUGGAGAAAAGCCAUUUAACUGUGAUCAGUGUGGUAAAGAUUUUAUUUCAUCAUCAAGACUAAAAAAACACCUGAAAGUUCAUUCAGAUGAGAGGCCUUAUGUGUGUUCUCUCUGUGGAAAGAGUUUUUCAUGUCUGGACAGUUUUAAACUGCACCAGAAAACACAUAAUGACGUGAGAGAUUAUAUGUGCUUUGACUGUGGGAAGAGCUUUACUACAUCUGGUGAUCUGAAACGGCACCAACGAAUUCAUACUGGAGAAAAACCUCACAAGUGCUCAUAUUGUGACAAGAGUUUCACUCGGUCUGGACACCUGAAAAUACACAAGCGAGUUCAUACUGGAGAGAAGCCGUACGACUGUACUCAGUGUGAGAAGAGUUUCACAUCUUCAAGUAGUCUAGGGAAACAUAUUAGAAAGCAUUGUUCUGUGUCACAGUGA